AUGUGCAAUCCGAGCAAGUCGAGCGCUGCGAUUCGGUGUGUUUUGAAGCGGGCGCGCUGGAUCAGAUUCGCGUUUGGCGCGUUGUGUUUACCACGGCGAGAUGAUGUCCGUGGCAACCAUCCACUGUCGAGGUUCGGCAAGAAUUUCCGGGGCAAACGCGAUCGCAAUCGGCCACAGAGCAAGCAAGCGUCGUUUCCGGUCACGCCUGGAAAGCGGGGAUUUGCUACUCAGCACGGAGGCAAGCCGACCUUUGUGAGGGUUGAGGGAUGGCACACGUCCAACUCUGGCAAACGUAGAGUCAACAGAGUCCCCAACAGCGUCUCACGAUGCGGCAAGACCGGCCUGCGCAGACGGGGCGGACGUUUGCGAACUGAUAUAGUUCCAGGACGCGCGCGGAGCCUUCCCGAGGGAUGGGGACAGAUGGCAGAUCUGACAGCGAUCGCGAAGGCCCUGCGCUGGCGUGUGCAAGACCCGAGGGCGAACCAGAGCGCGGUUGGUGGAAUGGCAAGACACUAUGGGGUAGACUCCGACGUGAGAUGCACAACACAGACAGAUUCAGGCAUCGGCAAAACCGGAGAUGGAAGCGUGAGUCCGUGGCAUGUAGUAAGCAGGAUGUUGCUGCGACUGGUCACUUUUGCCAGCUCGUCCACAGGUCAAGGUGCCGACAACGAGUGGCAGGCCGGCACAAACGGGAGGCGGCGGGAGGCAAGCGAAACGGAGACCACGGCUAGGUACACAAGCAAGGGCGGAGCGAGAGGAUCGCAGGACGUGUUGGAGAGAUAA